AUGGAGUUCUCUAACUCGGGCGGGUUCCCUUCUCGCCGCUCCUACCCCAAUCUAAAUCACGUCUCGCUUGCUCCACUCACACCCCGGUUCCCCAUCGACGACGACGUCGAGCCUGAAGACUACUUCAACGGCCGCCACGGUAACCGCGACAAUGAUCCCGAUCACGUCGCCAGCGGGACCAGAACCCCGCCACGAACCUCCUAUCUCUCCAGCGUCUCCGUGCCCAGCACACCGCCCAUCCUCUCGCACUCGCGCAGCUCAUCUCGCGCCCGCCACGCCCGAAGCAAGAGCUCCACCCGAGUCGGUCUGCUAAGUGAUGCAAAUCUACACAGUAAAGCGGUCACUCUCGCACUGCACCAGCACCAAGCCUCGCACAAGAAACAACCCAGCGCCUCGCAGGGACGGCGCCCAUUCGGCGAUGCCUCCUCUAAAUCCGAUGCGGAAUGGAUGCUCCGCGCAGGGAUAGCACUCGCCUCGUCCACCCGUGAAGAAAAAGGCCAGAGCUGGCUCUCGAAGCGUGAGAGUUCAACCAGCCUCGUCGAUAUGUCCCUCGACGACGCCACGAGUCCACACCCGCAUCGCCACCACCACCGGUCCAAAUCGGGCGCGUCUUCGCGGAAGUCUUGCUCGGGGACGUCCACGCCUGCGGCGUAUUCUCGUCGUAGCUCGCGGUCUCGUGGUGGCAGUAGACGAGGUAGUCGGGCGGGGUUGACUAUGACGACCAUCCCGCCGCUGUCAUCGGCUUCGUCUGCUGCCGCGGGUAAAGCGCCCAGUAGUCCCGGGGUCGGUACUAUGAGUCCUGUAUCGCGUGGUCGUGGGUCGGGUCUCGUACCUGAUUUCGUGGACGAGCGAAUCCGCGCUGAAAUGGCGUCUUUGCAGCGGGAGCGAGGGCUCUCGGACGAGGAGUCUGAGUAUUGGGAUGGCGAGGACGAUAAUGAAUCCGAGUACGAUUCGUUCUCGGAUGAUGCACCGGAAGAAUUCGAUGAGGCGGAUUUGCAGCAGCUCACGCGUGAACGUGGCUUUGGGUUGGGUAGCUGGAUUGAUCGGCUGGUUGAGUGGACGUUGUUUGGGGUGGAGGAUUGGCCUGUUCCUGCGCCUGCUUCUUCUGCGGUGCCUGCUACGCGGAUCGGUACGGCUGCGACGUCGACGACUGUAACGUUUGAGGAGGGUCCACAGGCUCGAUCUCAGGAGGACGAGCCGGCUCAUGAUACCUUGUCGCUGGGCUCUGCUGAAGAUGAUGAUGGGGAUACCCUCUCUCAUACGGAUGGCGAGUCCGUUGGCAACGUCGAGAAACCCGGCGCUCAAGGUGGGUGGGAAGACGCCGGUUGGCUUUUCCGGAUCAUGAAGCGUGCUUUAAUUUGA